AUGAACAACCAUGAUACUGAAAACGAAGGUGGUGUACGAGCAGAGGCCAAGCUCUUGAGGGAUCCAACUUCUCUUGAAUCGUUAUCUUCCGGUUUAUCAUGGCUAUCUCUUUAUGUUACUUCCAAUCUCCAGAAGAAGCGAUACAGUGGUGGUGGAUAUAAUCAACAACAACCGACUCCCUUUCCAUCAUCUACUACAACCCACGAACAGCAUGAAGAUAAUAGUACAACAACAUCAUCAGAACAUGAAAAGGUGACGUAUGCAUCAUUUCAACAAGUACAGGGAAACGGAGCAUCAAGUGCAUUUCUAUUGAUGGGAUAUGAAGAUGGAUUUCAACUUUGGGAUGUGACGAAUCUCGAUAACAUACACGAGGCAUGUUCAGUGCGACAAUCACAGCUGGGAAAAGUGAAAUUCAUGCACAUUCUGUGGCAUCCUGAAAUUGACGACGAUCAAUUCUCCAAGGAACGACCCUUGUUGGCCCUAGUAUGCGACAACAACAAUCAUCAUCAUGACAUCAUCACCACCACCACCACCACCAUUGUACGCUUCUAUUCGUUACAUACUCAAGAAUUCAUACGGGAGUUUCAACACGUGGGAGACGACGAGAGUAUUUGUAUCAAGAGCAUACAAAGCAACAAUCGACAUAUCGUGUUGGGGUGUAUCAGCAACAGUGACAGCAUCAAAGAGCGCCUCCCACCACCACCAACCACCGGCACAUUACACAUCCUCUCAAACAACACGCUUGAACCAGUAUGCUCACCCCUCACUGAUGUUGCAUGUUAUGGUGCUGGUGGUGGUGGACCUGUCUACAGCCUUGGCUCUCGUUAUUUGGCAUAUGCAACGACAACUGAAGUUCCAUUUAAAGAAGAUCGCUCUGGCAACUUUUUUGUUCAUAUGACCGACAAGGAUAUGAUGAAGGACGCAGCGAGGGGUAUUGCCAAAGAAGUCGUCAGUGGUGUACGAUCUUUGGGCGAAUAUGGAUAUCAAUCGCUUUCCAAUUACUUUAAUCAACAAGAGCCAUCACCAUCAUCAUCACUUGAUAUGGCAUUUCAGCAACAACAACAUCGACGUGCAGCAACAACUGGAAGCAUUAGCAGUGGAUCGUUUGAUGGUGCUAGUAGUAGUAGUAGUACUCAACAACGAUCCUUACCUUCAGGGAUGGUCAUGAUACGUGAUCUUUCGGGUGAUAAGGCAUCAUCAUCAUCCUCACAUCAAGGCACCCCCAUUGUUGCUCAUUUUCGACCCCACACACAUCCAAUCACCAAUCUCACAUUCGACCCAUCCGGCACGCUUUUACUUUCUGCAUCCAGCCAAGGACACACAUUUCAUGUUUAUUCAUUGAUGGAGAACAAGGUCAUCUACAAGCUAUCGCGUGGAAUUACUGAUGCCCAAGUCACUGAUGCCCGAUUUGCAACCGAUUCACUAUGGUGUGCUGUCACGACGACCAAAGGAACGACUCAUCUUUAUGCUAUUAAUCCUUAUGGUGGACAACCUGAAAUUCACGGCCAUGCUCAAUCCAAGGUGUUGAAUCCAAAGCAUAACUUUUUGACGACAUUGGAUGGUUGGAAACACGUUUCGCAGCCUGUAUCUCUUGGUCCCAUGGUGCGGAUCAAACAAAGACAUCCUAUGCAAUCCAAGAGCAACAUUCAUGACAGCAAUAGACACGUGGACAAUCGAUCCUCCUCUUAUACUUACAACACCACCAAUGGUGUUGAAUCUCCCAUCACGCCUCCUCCACCACCACCAUUUUUAUCAGCAUUAUCAAGCCCACCUUUUUGGAGUUGUGAUUCAGCUGUACGACUUGCUACUUUGUUUCUACCUGUCACAAAGAUACCCUAUCAUCAUCAUCGUCAUCAAAAAGAAUCCUCAUCAGUCUAUAGUGGAUUGCCAUGGUUAAAGAAUCAAGCCAAUCAGCUUGGUCAGGGUAUGAUGGAUGCAGCUAUGGGACGUCGUCGAUGGAGUGAUGAUGCACGUAUAUUUGGGUUUGAUGAGGAGCAACAACAACAACAAGAGGAAGAUGAAGAGGAUCGUCCUUUGGCCGUGGCCCAUCGCGAUCUUUUUUCAAUUCAUCCGGAUGGUAUUUUGACAUUACAUCGAUGUUGCAUGACUGAGACGCUGGUACGAACACGUGAACAUGGGCGUGCUGUUGAGAGGUUGGAGCUUGUUACCAAACAAAGUGAUGUGGCUGAAUGGCAUGUGGCUCGCUAUCCUGAUUGGGCUCAAGUCAAACAACCUCUCCUCCUCGUCAAGACCAUAUCAUCAUCAUCAAAAAACAGCACCACCACAACAGCGGCAGCAGCAGCACAUGGGUGGUUAUCUUGUGCAGAAAUCACAACCUAUGACAUCAAUAAUAUGGAACAGCAACCUAUAUGGAUGACACCUGGUUUCAGCAUGCAUGUCUUUUCUGGUGGUGACAAAAAGGUCGUCGAAGAGCAACUCAACGAGGGCAUGAUACCAGAAACAACAAUCCUUGAUUUCAAACGUGAUAUCCCAGAACCCUAUAACAUCCGUGUGAAUCGAGUGGGCAAGACCAGUAUUGCCAUUGCAAGUAAAGAAGGAAGGAUAGAAGGUGAAGCAUUGGAUAAUGCAUUGAAUGAGCUCAAAGAUAAUCUAUCCAGUGCAAUGAAGACGUCAUUUUCACCAUCGACACCCACUCAAUAUCUUGGCACCAGCCCUGGAAUGCGACUUUCCUCAAGUGGAGAUGCACCUGCUACUACCACUAGUGUUGAUCAUCAAAGUCCUUUAUCGUUUGAAGAUGCACAGCUGAUCCACCUUGGAGCCGAGGAUGCUACUACUGCUACUACCUAUUCUCCACAAGCGAAAAGGCACAAUGAUACCACAAUGGAGGAGGAGGAGGAGGCGGAGGAAAUUACUUUCUUUUCACCUGAUGGAGAUAAUGAAAUUGCUUCUCCUCACGAUUCAAUUACUGGCAGUACUUGUAGUAAUGAACAACAACAACCACCCCAUAGCGACAAUGACUCUUCAUGA